AUGCCGUUAGCCGUGUUUCGGCCUGUAGCAGGCAGUCAGUGGAUGGUCCUGCUCUCUGCCCUCGUGCUGCCGUUGGCUUCAGCUUGUCCUGCCACAUGCGUGGUGAGCACCAGAGCUGUAACCCUCUGUCACCAGCUAACCUAUAUAGUAGGUAACAAAACCAACAACUCUAAAAAAGCAGUGUUAAGUGUGUCUGGCAAACUCGUUGCCACGGCUUUCGUCGUGCUGAGUGCUCUCUGGGCUCAGCCUGAUAGAGGUAAACUCUCAAAGAGCAAGCCUUUCCCGGCGACUCGAUACGGACACCAUUAUUUUAUUCUCCUGCUCAUGGUGGUCUCAACCAAAACUACGUCAGGACCUUCAGAGUACCGAAAACACGUGAACCCUAACCUCCUUGCUCGCUCACCUAGAUUUCCUGACUUCACCACAUUCUUACUUUUUCUGGUCAGAGGUAGCGACGUCUCUAAGAAACAAUCCCGCUCACCCACGCGGCUGGGCCUCUACUCCUCCCUCUCCUCUCCACGACGCCGCAUUCGCGAAGUCACCAUCCCGGCCACUGCCCUGGCCACCGUCCCGGCCACCAUGCUCGGGUCCCUAGCCCAGGCCACCGCCCCGGUCACCGCCCCAGCUGCCGCACUUGGGUCCCCGGCCCAGGCCACCACCCCAGCCACCACCCCAGCUACCACCCUGGCCACUGCCCCACCCACCACCCCGGCCACCACCCUGGCCACCACCCCAGCCACAGCCCCGACCGCCCCACUCAGGUCCCCGGCCCAGGCCACUGCCCUGGCCACCACCCUGGCCACUGCCCCAGCCACCAGCCCAGCCACCGCCCUGGUCACCACCCCGGCCGCCACGCUCGGGUCCCCAGCCCAAGCCACCGUCCCGGCCACAGUCCUGGCCACUGCCCCAGCCGCCGUGCUCGGGUCCCCGGCCCAGGCCGCCACCCCAGCCACUGCACUCGGGUCCCUGGCCCCAGCCACCACCCUGGCUGCUGAGCUCGGGUCCCCGGCCCAGGCCAGGUGCCACCCCGCGCUUUCCAACCUCACCGUGCUGCUGCGGGACACGAGUCCCCGCGUCGCGGGGCAGGAUGUGGCCCUGCUGACACUCCUGGGCUUGGCAGGUACGCUGGGUCCCGGCGCGGCCACCCCCUCCGACGCGGGACAUUCAGGGAUGCAGCCUCGGCGGGCAGGCGGCUGCGGGAGCACCCGGGCCGGGGUCAGGCCGUGGUGUGAGCGGGCGGGCGGGCUGGCCUGGCAGCGGGCUAGGGGCUUCCUGGCUCCGUUCGCCACGGAGAACCGGGACCUUCAUCAUAACACUAGAACUAGGGAUUCGAACGUGAUGGAAAGACUUGGGGUCCUUCCUCGGGGUACCCACAUCCGUGUGCCCCUCUGCGGGACACCAGGAACUAGCGGGCUGCACCAGGCCGGGCCACCUGCUACGGUGCUGGUGCCGCACACUGGUCAGUGCAUGGUGAAAUCCUUUGUGCUUGUGGGUAACCAUGGUGAUGAGAGAACCUUCGAUGAAUCCCUGUGUGCUCAUGAGGCAAGAAAUUACCACGCUAAGGGAUACUGUAACUGCCACUUAGCUCAGGAAAACGAGAUAAAGGUCACGUCCAUUGUGGGGUCCAGAAAGGAAAUGCCACUCUUACAGGAAAACAGCCAUCAAGCAGCCCUGGCCUCUGAGUCCACAGCCCUUGACGGAUCAUUUAGAAACCUGAAAGGGAAAGACCAUGGGGCGGACAGCACUUUCUUCUGCUUUGGUGGCAGACUGCUGCAGUCAGGACGUUCAGAGCCUCCUGGGAAUAUGGCAGCUUUUAAUGAAGCAGGCUUCCUUACAAGAUAUCCAGAGAGAGUUAAAAAGCUAAGGAAUCAUGAGCCUGGGGAAGUCCAACAGCCAACUGUGCCACAGCAUGUAACAAGAACAAUAGAUAUCAACGGUGACACAUUUAGUAGAAGAUAUGCAACAUCCGCUUCAGCGUUGGCAAGAGAAAGUCUUGAAAAGCAUUUAACAAAUGAAUCAUGGCAGCCUCCAAUAGAAAAAAAAGACAAUGGCUUACAACCUCACAGCCUGAGACAUUUUAUUGCAGGCUCAUCAUCCAAGCCUUGUGAGCCUGAGGAACGCUGUGUACAAAAGAUCUUACAAAAACAUAGAUCAAAAUAUGAUGAUCCUUGUGGACUGUUAAAUCGGAGCAGGCCUCCCUAUUUUCAGCCAAACAAUUCUCUUAUCUGUAAAUAUGUGCCCUGUGAUCAAUUUCAAGAUUAUGUGAAAGAAAAGAAGCCAAGUCGUCAAGAACAUUCAAAGGCCAAGAAAGAGAAAAUCCAAAUUAACAGUGCAAUAGAAAAAUUCCUUAUGAGUGAGGACAACUUGGAGCCAUCAAGGUUAUCUACAAAAAUCAAGAGAACAUAUUCCCCCAAGAGGGUUAGCUUCUGUGAUCCUGAUUUAGUAGAAAAAAAUAGCUUGGUGAUGUCAUCCAGAACAUCAACCCGUUGGAAACAGCAGGAAAAUCAAAGUAGCCACCUGACCAAUUUGGAUCUCAGAAAAUGUGGCAAUCCUCAGGAGGGAGACAAAGAAGGAAGAUGGCUUACUGAUCCCCAGAUUCUGAAAAAGAAGAGAACCAAUCAACGUGAUCGCCAAGGGAAAAUUAAAAAACAAAAUUCAAGGAUAAAAUUAAAUCUACACAGUUUUAGAAAAGUCAAAGUCCAUCCAGAAAAAUCCUUGCCAGGACUCCAAAAGAAAUGCAGACAAGUAUUGUUACCGCCUAGUAAAUUAUCUAAGGCUUCUCAGAGAGAAGCCAAUACAAACCUUGUGUCCUCUGCAGAUUUUCGCCAACGGCCAGAGGGUAACUCUGUCAAACUCACUUCAAAGAGUGUGUCUCUCAAACGUGCUCCAAAGCAGACCUCAUAUUACCAAGAAAACACUAAAAACAUUGCUCUGCUCUGUGCUAAUGGCUUACCUGCAGUCAACCAGAGCUCCAGGGAAGGCAACUGUCACCCGACUGGCCUCAUUCCCGGUAGCGGUGCACCGACACUGCCUCUGCCCACACCCAUCAUAGCUGAACACGGACAUUCAGCCUCUCAGUUUUCAUCUGAGCAAAUGGAAGGUGCACCUUCCCUUGCAUUGGAGGUGCCUAGGUGUUUACCAGCUACUUGGGAAAAUAGAGGCAGUGAUGUUUUACCACCCAGCAGUUCCAGGGGGGCUACUGACCAAGGGGCUGCAGAGCCCAUGAAGCCCAUGAAGCCCACGAAGCCCAUGGAGCAGGACAAACCAAUGACCAUUGAGCCAAAUCAGUUUUCUUUGUCCCUGGGGAAUCAAACACAGCUUGCAGUUGGCAACAAGACUGACACCUACAAGGAACACACUUUAGAUCAAAAAGAAACUUUCAAACAUGUAGAACAACAUCCUAGGCAUGAACAAUUUGGAAAUGAGGAGGAAACGCUAAUGACCAAACAGAAAAUAUCACGUCAGAUUGUAGAGAGUUGUAUCGUGGAUGAGGGAAAUGACGUAGGAACAAAACUUCCUCAAGCAGAAACUAACGAUUCCCUUCUCCUUUGCUCUGAGGCACAAGCCAACGGUGACCUACCACUGAUGAAGGCAAAUGCUGUUCCAUUCCAAAAUAGGACAGAGAUUCCCAAAGAAAUGAGUACUUCUCUUAAGACCCAAGCCAUCUGGAAUCUAACCGAUAGAGGCAAAAAAGAAACUGGUGGCUCGAAUGCGUUGCCCAGAGGUGGUGGCAGUGAAACACCAUGUAUGAGGAAAAUAUUAGGGAAAGAAGAGAAGAAAGUCCUUGAUGAAAACAAGGCGGAUUCUAGUACAGUAAUGAGAACUGCACAGGUGACCUUAAAAGGCAGCACAAAAGAAAUGCAGCAAACUUGGGAAAAUGGACAAAGGGAAAAGCAUACGUUGUAUGAUCCAAGCUCUGUUGAGGCCACUAUUACAGUUAAGGAUUUGGGUAUUCCGCGUUCCCCUGAGGCUGAACAUAGACCUACUUGUGGUGAAACAGAUCUUUGAUUUAACAGUACUAUGCAAGUUUUGGGCGAAUUUCGCAAUAUGCAACCAGAUAAAAGUGGCAGUACGCAUAAAGAAGGUGGGACAGUGGAGACGCGUGAACUGCUUUCCUCCUUACUGGAGUUAAAAGACAUUAGUUUUGUGACAAAAAAUAGGGUGCCUCUAAUGCCUAGAAGACUAGAUGAAGCUGAAAACGCUGCCCCACCUACGCAGUAGCCCCCAUCUGCUGAUGAUGCUAACCCACCACCUUUAGAGGCAGAACUCAACUAAUAAUCACUUUCUACUGGAGCUUCCUUUGAAAGGACACAGGGGCACCCUCUGGUCUUUACAGGCAUCCCAAAUGUAGUACUUUGGAGGCACAUUUCUCAGUAGCUUUUUGUUAUCAAUGCAAUAAAAGUGCAUGAUGGAAUGCGAUGGGAAAAUCAAAGAUGGAGCCGCAAGAUGUGUUUGACACAAUUAAUUGAGUUUGCUUCUCCAAGGAAUGAAAAAAAAAAAUAGGAAAGUAAAGUUUUGCCCGGUCUUGGAAAAAGAAAGCAAACGAUAAAGAAAAGGGGGCGGGGGGAGCCUUAAGCAAAUAAAAGAUUAAAUAAGAAAAAAGUACUUGAACAGAUUUGCACUUGAUGUUUAUUUUAUGGAAAUUACUACACACAUCUCAAUUAGUGGUGUUACAAUAUUGCUUUCUACACAGAUGAUUAUAUAUUCAUAUUUGUGCCUGAUCUGUUUUCCUAAUUAUGGUUUGAAAAUAAAA